AAAAUCUUAAAUAUGCUAUAGUUCAAGGCGCGCAUAAAUUUCUCAGUCAUCGGAUAGUUUCGGACAGAGCUGCCUCCAUUCGCCGCCACCGGCCCACCAUCACCACCACAGUCCACAGGUCUGAAAUGGAUAGGGUUCGGCAAGAAAAGAUACAGAGAUUCGAAGAGUUUGUUGAUCGCCGCUUGAAGCCGGAUCUUGUUCACGCUAUUGCUGAAAGGGACAAGGUCUUUGAACAACAAAAAGUUUUCUCUGAUCUGAAAAGAAACAUAGAGACGUUGGAGAAUAAUAGUGUAACCAGUCUGAGGACAUUGGUCAAUCUUGGUUCUGAAGUGUAUAUGCAAGCUGAUGUGCCAGACACAAGUCGUAUAUUUGUAGAUGUAGGACUUGGAUUUCAUGUUGAGUUCACUUGGUCUGAAGCUUUACAAUAUAUUGCUGCAAGGGAGGAAAAGUUGGACAGGCAAAUAGAGGAUUAUACCCGCCUAAUUGCAUCAAUCAAGGCGCAGAUCAAGAUGGUUUGUGAAGGGAUUAGAGAAUUACUCCAACUGACUGAGGUUUCUUAAUGAAAUGAGUAUCAUGGAUUGCUUCUAGCAAGAAAAAGCCAAAGAAAGUUUGAAGCCAAAGAGUUUGCUUAAUAGGGUACAAUGAGGCAUAGGAGCUGCACAUAUUCAUGUACAUCCAACCACUAUUUCGUAGUGGAAAUCAACUACAAUGCCCUUACUGGCUUCUGCUUUGUGACAUUAUGUGAAGCAAUUUGCUUGCUUAAAACCUGUAGGAAUCAUUAAUAGAGGUACCUCCAUGGAUGCUGUCACAUGAAGCGCUGAUUGCCUUACUUCCUCUGUGGAAGUCGAACAUCAUGUGGGAAAUGAGCGGGUAGACAGAGUAGAACAGAGGAGGCAGCCAGAUAGGAGUACAAUAAUCCAGGAACAAGAAAUAAAGAGGAAGAAUUCAAUUUCUGCUUUGUUCUUGCUCCAACUUGCUUUAACACGAAAUAAGUUCUUAAAGAUAAAGGGCUUGCAAAACCAAUGCCCGACUUCGAGGGUUGGCAAUACAUAGGUUGUUUGGGCUCUAAAGGAAUCAAGUAUAGGAGAAGCUAUGCUGGACUAUGCACAAGCUCUCAAAUCAGCACCUAGUAAAGCACUGGAGAUUCAUUGGCAACAAGUGAAACUGGAAAUCUCUUCACAGAAGCUACUAGAUUUUUGACGACACUAAAGUUCUUAGACUUUUUGCUCAACUAUAGGAGAUAUCCACAGCUUAAGACUUUUGUUUUUGAAAUGCUCAUUGAUUUUGUUCUCAAAUGACGGUAGUAUAAGGGGUAGAAUGAUUAGUAUAUAUGCAUCUGACCUGAUACAAGAUGAAAAAUGUUGGAUUCCUGUGUGUCCUAAUAUACACGAUUGUAAAGCUCAAUAUGAGCCUUUGUUCAA